AUACUUUCCAAGAGCAUUCUGUUAUUAAAUGUGUUCUUUGGUAAUAAUUAGGUAUGUAAGAGCUGAGUCAGUCGAAGACAGCAUAGGUUCCCUUGCGAGAAGACUUGCAAAGUUGCAUUUUACGACCAUGUUCCUGGGGCCUGGAACUUUCCAUUUUGGGUUUGCCUUGACAUGAUCCUCAUAGUCAAGAGCUAAGGUGUCUAUGCAUCAGGGCACAAACCUCUUAAAUAUACACAGGUAUGUGUUUCUGCUUCCUUCCCUGUAACUUUAAUUUUUUGUAAAAUUUAAUUUAGGGUUUUGUUGGUGGUGUCAUUGCUGCUAAGAUGGAUCGCAAACAGCUGCCCUCACGGUGUCCACUGGGCACCGUGUCCAACGAUCUGAGAAUUCUGCAAGGCAAUUCCUCCCUGGAGCUGAGAGAGUACUGGGACUGGCAGUUUGAUGGGGAUAAUGAUGAUCAGGAGAAAUUACUGAAGGAAAGCUCCACACUCUACGUGGGGAAUCUUUCCUUUCAUACUACUGAAGAGCAAAUAUAUGAGCUCUUUAGUAGAUGUGGUGCUAUCAAGCAUGUAUUUAUGGGCCUGGAUAAAAUUAAGAAAAAGGCAUGUGGUUUCUGUUUUGUAGAGUACUAUAACAGAGUUGAUGCCGAAAAUGCCAUGUGGUUCCUAAACGGGACCCGCCUAGAUGAUCGUAUUAUCCACACAGAUUGGGAUCUAGGCUUUAGAGAGCGCAGACAGUAUGGCCACCGACCUGAGGGCCAAGUAAGAAAUGCUUUUUGUGAAGAUUUUGAUGUUGGUAGAGGUGGCUCUGGAAAACAGGCUCAGGCCCGUGAUAGAAGAGGAAUCCAUUAGUGAAAAACCUGCAGCUCUGGCCCCUGGAAAAGUCUAUUAAGGAACAACACCAGGUCAGCAAAUAAUCCAUUUUGUAACAAGUUGAAAUUACUUUAUAUGCUGA